AUGGGCGGCUCACGUUCAUCGCCCGUCUUCGCUUUCGCUCUUCUCUAUUUCGCUUUCAUUCUUUCUGCUGCGGCCAAUGGUAUCAGCCCGACCUCCCCUUUCGCCAACGCGCCGCCUUUGAUGGUCAAGGACGUGCCGUUCGAACAGACCACCUCCAAGAUCUUUGUCUUCGCCAGCUCGGCCUCCGCCUCCAACAACCCCAAUCGCGACGAGAUUGAAAUCACAUCGGCCGCCAACGCCAAGAUUAAUUUCAAUCUGCCCACGGGCUGGGACAGGCUGCCCUUCGACGCCGCCUUCCAGGUGGUCAGCAGGCCCACAGGCACUGACCCCGCCUCGAGCUUCCUCAUCUUGACCAAGACCCACGGCGCGUGGACGCUCGACCUGCCCGCUCGUGGCGGCGUCGACGGCAAGGCCAGCUUCAAGCGCGUCGAUGCUCAGCUGGGACUCAAGGUCGAUGCCACCAUGCGUGUUACCUUCCACCCGACCAGUAUCGCUAAGUUCGCGGCGGCUAGCGCCAGCGGCGUGUUCCGUUGCUCCCUCGAUGGGGAGCGCUGCCGCUUUGUUGCAUUCAACUUUGGCGCCGUGAAUGCGGUCGAGUUCGCCACCACCAGCAACGACGCCCUGUGGGUAGGCUCCGAGCGCGGUCUCUUCUUCGUGAGCACUCUCGAUGGGAUCACCUACGUCAACUCUACCGAGGGCGAGGGCGUGGUGUCGCUCGCGGUUGACCACUCGAACGCCGCGGUGUGGGCCGGCACCCAGCACAAACUGGUCCCGGCGGUGGUCGACGCCGUGCCGGUGUCGCUGACGCUGGACAACGAGGGCCGCCUGUGGGUGCCCAACGACGAGAGCAUCACCGUCAUCGCGCCCGACCUCACCGCCACCCGCGUGCGCGGCGGCGACGGCCUGCCCGUCGUCAACCUCACCGCCAGCGCGCUGUCGCCCCGCAGCGGCGCCGUGUGGUUCGGUAGCAAGAUGGGACUCCUACGGCACCAGGCCCAGGCCCAGGGCGCGGACCCGCAGGACCCGGCCUGGCGGUACUUCUUUGGCGCGCGCUGGCUGCCGGGCCAGACCUUCGACCAGGGCCAGCGGGUGGUGUCGCUCGCCGUGAGCCGCGAGGCGGUCGGGGUCGACGAGACGGCGGUGGUGGUGACGGACGGCGGGCUGGCCGUGGUGCGUCAGGAGACCGGCUGGACGCUCAGGCGCAAGGCCGACCACUACCAGGCCAUGGUCAAGCCGCGCCACGAUCGGCUGGGCUACGCCGACGAGAACUCCGGCCUGUGGACCUCCAUGUACCUCGCCUCCCAGGCCUUCCGCUACGCCGAUCCCGAAGUGAAGAGGGAGGCUUGGAAGAACUUUGAGGCCAUGGAGUUCUUGUACAACGUUACGGGAAUUCGAGGAUUGAUGGCGCGCACGGUGGCCCAGCAGAACACCCUCCCCAAAGCCAACUGGCACUUCAGCUCGGCCUACCCCGGCUGGGUGUGGCAAGGCGACACGUCGUCUGAUGAGGUGACGGGCCACAUGUUCGUGUAUCCGCUCGUGCACGAUCUCCUGGCCGAGACGCCCAGCGAGAAGGCCCGCGCGCUUCGGCUGGUGAACGACACCAUGAGCUACAUUGUCGACAACGGCCUCUACCUCAUCGACGUCACCGGCAAGCCCACUCGAUGGGGCAAGUGGUCGCCGGAGUACCUCAACCACAAUCUGACGUGGACCGAUCAGAACGGACUCAACUCGCUCCAGAUCGUGUCGUGGCUGCUCUCGGCCUACAGGCUCACGGGCGACCCCAAAUUCCAGCACGAGAUCAACAAGCUGGUGGAGAAGCACCAGUACGGCAUCAACAUCAUCAACACCAAGGAUGUCCACCCGGGCGACGACAACUAUUCCGACGAUCCCGUCCGGUCUUCGCUCUGGAAUGUCGUCUAUCUGUCCGCCUCUACAUUCCUCUCAUCGUCGUCAUUGUCGUCUGUCGACAACAUGGGUUCGCCCGAGUCGGACACGAUGGGCGCCGCGGCCUGGACGCUGCGCCGCUGGCCGCUUUCCCUGGUGCACUGGCCGGUGCGCAACAGUCAGCGGCUCGACCUGAUCUGGACCGAGCAGGCCAACCGCUUCGCCGGCACCGACUACCGGCCGCCCGUGCUGCCGUGGGACGAGGGCGCGCUGCUCCUGUGGAACGCCGACCCGUUCGAGCCCGACGGGGGCAGCGGACACAGCGAACAGGCGCCGACGCCCUUCCUGCUGCCCUACUGGUUGGCCCGCUACUACGGCCUUCUCUCCGACGCCGCUCAGUAA